AUGACAGGAGUAUUUGACAGAAGGGUCCCCAACAUCAGAUCCGGCGACUUCCAGGCUCCUUUCCAGACGGCCGCAGCCAUGCACCACCCGUCCCAGGAAUCUCCCACUUUACCCGAGUCCUCGGCUACGGAUUCCGACUACUACAGCCCGGCGGGGGGAGCCCCGCACGGCUACUGCUCGCCUACCUCGGCUUCCUACGGCAAAGCGCUCAACCCUUAUCAGUAUCAGUACCACGGCAUGAACGGAUCUGCUGGGAACUAUCCUGCCAAAGCCUAUGUUCGCGGGCGGCGGGGAGCGGGUCCCAUCGCAGCCGCGGAGCGCCGGGUUGCCAGGCGGGCAUUAAUGGUGUCGGUUUCCCUUCCCCCUACUCCUUCUUUCCUCUCCCCUCUCCUCCCGCCCCCCUCCCCGGUGAAAAUUUGGUUUCAGAAUAAAAGAUCCAAGAUCAAGAAGAUCAUGAAGAACGGGGAGAUGCCUCCGGAGCACAGCCCCAGCUCCAGCGACCCCAUGGCCUGCAACUCUCCACAGUCACCUGCGGUUUGGGAACCUCAGGGCUCGUCCCGCUCUCUCAGCCACCAUGCCCACGCACACGGUCACCCUCCAAACUCCAACCCGUCCCCUGCAUCCAGCUACCUGGAGAGCUCCGCUUCCUGGUACCCCGCUGCCAACUCCAUCAACUCCCACCUCCAACCCCACGGCUCCCUACAGCACCCGUUAGCGCUGGCCUCUGGGACAAUUUAUUAGAGUCUGACCCUUAUUAUUUUAUUUUUUUAAUUUUUUUUUUUGUUGUUCCUUGGACUCCCAUGUUUUACUGUUAAGGAAUAAUAACGAAAGGAAUGCAUAUGGGGGAUUUUUAAAAGGGAAAAGAAACAAACAAAAAGAUUAAAUGUGUAAAGCUUGUGCAUGUAACUUAUUGCAUUUCAAAGGAAACCCUUUUUUAUACAAUACGGACAUUUUUUGGCUCAGCUGUGGACACUAUCAAUGGUGCCUUGAAAUCUAUGACCUCAACUUUUCCAGAGACUUUUUUUCAAUGUUAUUUUAACCCUGUAAAUAAUUGUAGAUAGAGGAAUUAAACUGUAUAUUCUGAAUAAAAUAAAAUUAUUUCGACCA